AUGGCAAGCCGCUCGAGCCCCCGCUGCCUGCUGCUCUUGCGCUUGCGCCCCCCCCCCCCCUCGCCGCUUCCCCGCUUCUUCUCGCCGUUUCCCCCCUCCCAUCGCCGCUUUCCCCCUCCCCUCCUGCUUCCCCCUUCUCUAUUUCCAUCGCCCCAUCCCUCCUCCUCGCCGCUUCUACAUUCCCCCUCGCCGUCUCCUCUCCACCUGCUCGCCGCGCUCCACCACGCCGCACUCCUCUGUCAUUCCUUCGCGUUCAUAGGGCUACUGGGCACGGUGGGGCCCACGUACACGGGCGUCAUCGUGGCGGACGUGGGCGUGGCGCUCUUCGGCCUGGUGGCCGUGGCCAGCGGGUACCAGGCGCUGGGGCGCACAUACGCCGCACUGCUCAUGCUCAUGCUGCUCCUCGACUCCCUCUGGCUCGCCCUCUUCGCCCCCCACAUCUGGAGCGAGGAGCUGACGGCGCCGUGGAGGCAGCACCCGCUGGUGGCGCUGGCAGUGCUGCUGGAGCUCACGUGCCACUCCCUCACCUUCACGCUGCGCCUCCUCUCCGCCCUGCUCUGGCUUCAGAUGCUGCGCCUGGGCCUGGCGGACAGCAGGGAGGCCACACCCGUGCCCAGCUCAGAGGUGCACGCCUACCUCCCUGCCUACGACAGCCUCGGCCCGUACCGCCCUGCAGGCUCGGCAACGCCGGACCUGAGCCCCACGGCGGGGCGGGAGCGGGCGGUGGGUGAUGAGUUCGUGGGCAGCGCCAUCUUCCACCCGUCCGCCUUCGCCACGCUCUUCCAGUCCGACACCCUCCUCAACUACCUCUCUGAGGACGGCAGCAGCAGUGCGCCCAACAGCCUGGACAGCAGCUAUGGGGGGCACCCCGUGGUCGCAGGCGCGGAGGACACUGAGACACACAUGCCUGUACUCACUUUAACUUGUCUUUGGCCCUCAAUGCCCCGUCUCUGCCCACAAUGCCCCGUCCCUGCCCUCGCUGUGCCGUCCCCCUGCCAUCUCCCUGCACUUUCCCCCUGCCAUCUCCCUGCCCUUUCCCUCCCCACUCCCUGCCCUUUCGCUGCCUUCUCCGUGCCCUCUCCCUACCCUCCUUGCCGUGUGUGCAGCAACCAGCGCACAGAGGAGGUGCUGCACGCGGUGGCCAGGGGCGUUGACCUCUUUGACUGCACGUACCCCCACGACCUCACCCUCCUCGGCCUCGCCUCCACGCUGCCCCUCCACCCGCCCUGGUGGCCGCACACCGUGGCGCCGGGAGAGGGGGAAGGGCAGGGGGGGACGAAAGAGGAGAGGGAUGGGGGGGCAGUGGAGGCGAAUGGGGUUUUAAGUGAAGUGGGGAAAGAGAAGGAAGGGGAGGAGGUGUACGGGUCGAAGAUGAACCUGCGGUGCUCAUCGCACAAGCGCAGUUUCAUCCCCAUAUCGCGCACAUGCGCGUGCUACACGUGCACCCGCCACACGCGCGCCUACCUGCACCACCUGCUGGACGCCCAUGAGAUGCUCGCCCUCGUGCUGCUGGACAUUGGCUGUGCUGCUGGACAUGUGAGUGGCUGUGCUGCUGGACAUGUGAGUGGCUGUGCUGCUGGACAUGUGAGUGGCUGUGCUGCUGGACAUGUGAGUGGCUGUGCUGCUGGACAUGUGAGUGGCUGUGCUGCUGGACAUGUGAGUGGCUGUGCUGCUGGACAUGUGAGUGGCUGUGCUGCUGAUGCUGGUGGUUCUCUUUGCUGCAUUGUCGCAAAGCGAGGGGUGAGCCGCGAGGGGGGGGGUGUGGCACACGGGAGUGAAGUAGCGCUGCCUGGAGUGCUCAUGAAUGGGGAGACGGGGCUACUGACUGAGGUGGAGACGGGGCUACUGACUGAGGUGGAGACGGGGCUACUGACUGAGGGGGAGACGGGGCUACUGACUGAGGGGGAGACGGGGCUACUGACUGAGGGGGAGACGGGGCUACUGACUGAGGUGGAGACGGGGCUACUGACUGAGGGGGAGACGGGGCUACUGACUGAGGGGGAGACGGGGCUACUGACUGAGGGGGAGACGGGGCUACUGACUGAGGGGGAGACGGGGCUACUGACUGAGGGGGAGACGGGGCUACUGACUGAGGGGGAGACGGGGCUACUGACUGAGGGGGAGACGGGGCUACUGACUGAGGUGGAGACGGGGCUACUGACUGAGGUGGAGACGGGGCUACUGACUGAGGGGGAGACGGGGCUACUGACUGAGGGGGAGACGGGGCUACUGACUGAGGUGGAGACGGGGCUACUGACUGAGGGGGAGACGGGGCUACUGACUGAGGGGGAGACGGGGCUACUGACUGAGGUGGAGACGGGGCUACUGACUGAGGGGGAGACGGGGCUACUGACUGAGGUGGAGACGGGGCUACUGACUGUGGGGGAGACGGGGCUACUGACUGAGGUGGAGACUGGGCUACUGACUGAGGGGGAGACGGGGCUACUGACCGAGGGGGAGACGGGGCUACUGACUGAGUGGGAGACGGGGCUACUGACCGAGGGGGAGACGGGGCUACUGACUGAGGGGGAGACGGGGCUACUGACUGAGGGGGAGACGGGGCUACUGACUGAGGGGGAGACGGGGCUACUGACUGAGGUGGAGACGGGGCUACUGACUGAGGGGGAGACGGGGCUACUGACUGAGGGGGAGACGGGGCUACUGACUGAGGGGGAGACGGGGCUACUGACCGAGGGGGAGACGGGGCUACUGACUGAGGGGGAGGCGGGGCUACUGACUGAGGGGGAGACGGGGCUACUGACUGAGGGGGAGACGGGGCUACUGACUGAGGUGGAGACGGGGCUACUGACUGAGGGGGAGACGGGGCUACUGACUGAGGUGGAGACGGGGCUACUGACUGAGGGGGAGACGGGGCUACUGACCGAGGGGGGGACGGGGCUACAGACUGAGGGGGAGGCGGGGCUACUGACUGAGGGGGAGACGGGGCUACUGACUGAGGGGGAGACGGGGCUACUGACUGAGGGGGAGACGGGGCUACUGAGUGAGGUGGAGACGGGGCUACUGACUGAGGUGGAGACGGGGCUACUGACUGAGGGGGAGACGGGGCUACUGACUGAGGUGGAGACGGGGCUACUGACUGAGGGGGAGACGGGGCUACUGACUGAGGGGGAGACGGGGCUACUGACUGAGGGGGAGACGGGGCUACUGACUGAGGGGGAGACGGGGCUACUGACUGAGGGGGAGACGGGGCUACUGACUGAGGUGGAGACGGGGCUACUGACUGAGGGGGAGACGGGGCUACUGACUGAGGGGGAGACGGGGCUACUGACUGAGGGGGAGACGGGGCUACUGACUGAGGUGGAGACGGGGCUACUGACUGUGGGGGAGACUGGGCUACUGACUGAGGUGGAGACUGGGCUACUGACUGAGGGGGAGACGGGGCUACUGAGCGAGGGGGAGACGGGGCUACUGACUGAGGGGGAGACGGGGCUACUGACUGAGGGGGAGACGGGGCUACUGACUGAGGGGGAGACGGGGCUACUGACUGAGGUGGAGACGGGGCUACUGACUGAGGGGGAGACGGGGCUACUGACCGAGGGGGAGACGGGGCUACAGACUGAGGGGGAGGCGGGGCUACUGACUGAGGGGGAGACGGGGCUACUGACUGAGGGGGAGACGGGGCUACUGACUGAGGUGGAGACGGGGCUACUGACUGAGGGGGAGACGGGGCUACUGACUGAGGUGGAGACGGGGCUACUGACUGAGGUGGAGACGGGGCUACUGACUGAGGUGGAGAUGGGGCUACUGACUGAGGUGGAGACGGGGCUACUGACUGAGGGGGAGACGGGGCUACUGACUGAGGUGGAGACGGGGCUACUGACUGAGGGGGAGACGGGGCUACUGAGUGAGGUGGAGACGGGGCUACUGACUGAGGUGGAGACGGGGCUACUGAGUGAGGUGGAGACGGGGCUACUGACUGAGGUGGAGACGGGGCUACUGAGUGAGGUGGAGACGGGGCUACUGACUGAGGGGGAGACGGGGCUACUGACUGAGGGGGAGACGGGGCUACUGACUGAGGUGGAGACGGGGCUACUGACUGAGGGGGAGAUGGGGCUACUGACUGAGAUGGAGACGGGGCUACUGACUGAGGGGGAGACGGGGCUACUGACUGAGGUGGAGACGGGGCUACUGACUGAGGGGGAGACGGGGCUACUGACUGAGGUGGAGACGGGGCUACUGACUGAGGGGGAGACGGGGCUACUGACUGAGGUGGAGACGGGGCUAUUGACUGAGGGGGAGACGGGGCUACUGACUGAGGUGGAGACGGGGCUACUGACUGAGGGGGAGACGGGGCUACUGACUGAGGGGGAGAGCAGUGCAUGGGUCAGAGGAAGUAGGGCACAGCAGCGCGCGGCGCCAUCAUGGUGUUGUUCUCCUCCGUCUCCGUGA